GUCGUUUGCGGCCAGCAUAAAAAAGAGGUAUGCUCAGAAUGUCAUCAAUCCUUUGCCGAGAUCAACGACCUUACUCGCCAUCUCAAGUCAACCAACGGUCAGGUUCCACCCCCUGGGACUAUACUUCCCCUGCGGUCUCAACAGAUUGCCAAGAUGCGUGAGGAUGGUAAUGCGCACUUCCGUGCGCAGCGGCAUCAGGAAGCCAUCACUGCUUACACCAAUGCCAUCAAUAUUGCCUUUGAUCGUCCUCUAUGGGAGCCAACUGGUGUGGCACGUGAGGAGCUUGCUGUCUUGCUUUGCAAUCGCUCUGCCUCCUAUAUUGCCCGCAAGGAGUGGGUCAAUGCCUAUGUCGAUGCACAGGGCGUCAUUGAGCUGAAGCGUCCAUGGUCCAAGGGACAUUUCCGUCUGGGCAAGGCUCUCUUCGGCAUGGGACGGAUCGAGGAAGGCAUUGAAGCUCUUAAACUUGGAUUGAUGUUUGAUCCC